CAAAAACUUUGUCAUCACUAUCACAUCUUUGGAAGCGGCGAAAUUUGCACUACUAAAAAGAAUUACAUUGAUUUACAGAAUUUCCAACCGAAAAUGGCUGCCAAAAGCGCCGAGAAGGAAAAGGGCGAGGGCCAGGAGCCCGCCGCCAAAUUGGAGACCGAAAAUCCUCAGGAUUCUACAGAGCAAGCGGGACAGAAGCCCCAUGAGACCGCUGGGGAGGAGACCACGACACCAACAAAACGCGAUGGAGGACGAAAACGUAAGCGGCAUUUGUUAAACUCCAUCCGCAGCCAGAUGGAGUUCUAUUUCGGUGACGCUAACCUAAGUAAGGAUCGUUUCCUACGACGCUAUGUUGAUCAGGAUCCCUAUGUGCCGCUGGAGAUAUUUCUCACCUUUAACAAAAUCAAGACACUCACCCUGGAUGUGCAGCAGAUAGCCAAGUCGCUGAGCAAUUCACAGCUCCUGGAACUGGACGAAUCGGGUCUGAAGGUAAAAAGAACAACAAAACUACCGAAGCAGCGCGAUGUCAACGAUAAGACGCUGUAUGUAGAGGCCCUGCCGGCAAAUGCCAGCCACGAUUGGUUGAAGGAGGUGUUCAGUCGAUACGGCCCGGUCGCCUAUGUCUCCCUGCCCCAUUAUCCUGGCACCAAAAAGAUCAAGGAGUUUGCCUUCAUUGAAUUCGAGAAAGCCGGUUCCGUGGAGAAGGCGGUUAAGGCCUUUGAUCAGAUUAAUGGUGUGCUCUCCUCGGAAACGGAUCCAAGUGAGCUGGCCAGCGUGCGCUCCUUUCAACAGCAGCAGCAACCACAGCAGGAGAACCAGGAAGAGCUCAAUGAGCCAGAAGAUCCGCCCAAAAGAAGCCUAAAAAGGGAAAUUCUAGACAAAGGAGAAGGAAUCGAAGCGAAGCGACCCAAGCUGGAGGACGAGCAGCCCAGUGGAGUCUCGACUGCAGAGGAAUCAGCCAGCGAAACGGAUGCGGAGGCCACAGCAGAAGCUUCCGAGCAGGAUGGUAAGGCAGAGGCGAAUGAUUCUAAAAAGCGACGUCGCAAGCGCAAGAAAAAGGUAAUUGUGGAUAAGCCGAACAUCGAACCCAGUGCCUUAGAGAUCAAGGUUCUGCCCAAGACCAGCUGGAGCAGUUUGCGCAACAAAUACUUGAAUCUGCAGCGUCGUCUUGUCAGCGAAGCCAAGAGCAAACAGUGGCGUGAGAAUCAUCCGCAAAAUCAGCAUCAGCACCAUCAUCACACGCACAGUCACCCGAAUCCACCGCAGCCAAAGCCAGAAGCCGUUAAGGAGGAGGAAACCAAUGCGGAGGUAUUAAGUGACGGUGCUGGUGAACCUGGAGCUAGCGGCGGGACCGCCGCCGAUGGAGUGCCAGUGCCUGUCAAGCGUCGCAAGGCUGUGCACAAGAUGAACAUGAAUUUCUAUGGCGCUGGCGGCGUAGAUUCCACUAAAUCCGAGGAGCCUUCCCAGGAACGUACGCCCCUCUUCAAAUAUGAGCCCGGACUAAUUGUCGAAUGCACUCUCCUCGAGCCCUGUACCAAUGUCAAGGAGUUUAAGGCCGAUAUGCGUCAGUAUCCGGAUAUCAAGUAUGUGGACAUCAAGGAAGGGGAUCAGGUGGCCCAGCUGCGCUUGGCCACACCCGUGGCCGCCGAGGAGUUGGUACGACAGGUGAGCUGUGCAGAGCGUCAACUAAAAGUGCUUCGUGGCCAGCCCGAAGCGCUCUAUUGGCGCAAGAUCGAGCAGGAUCGCGAAGCGAAGUUGUCAAAGAAAGUGCGUGUCCAGCAGAAGCGUGGCAGGGAGAAAAUCUCCACGCUGCUGGCCAAGCACAUUAAGUUUGAUGAUGGUGACGAUGAGGUGCCAUCGAUUGAGUGAUAACAUGACCUGGAUGUUGUUAGCUGUUGGUUCUACCAACACCUAAAAAACCAAACAGUCUGAUUUGUUUUUUAAACCAUAAAAUAAAUAUGCAGAAUUAUACGAAAAACUGCUGUUACCAUACUUCUUUAUGAAGGUGGAAUUUGAUAUACCCUUGCAGGGUAUUAUAAUUUUAGUCUGAUCCACACAGGACAG